GUUAUAAAUAGUCUCUUCCUAUGUCUCCAAAAUCUCAUCAUUCAUAAACAUACAGAAGCAAAUAUACACAAACAAAGAGAGCAAUAUGAAGAGUAGUUACUUGUUUUUAACAGCCUUCUUGGCCUUAGCAUCUUGUGCCUUAGCAUUUGAUCCCAGCCCUCUACAAGAUUUUUGUGUAGCAAUCAAUGACACAAAGAAUGGUGUGUUUGUUAAUGGAAAAUUCUGCAAAGAUCCAAAACUCGCUACUGCAAAUGAUUUCUUUUUCUCAGUGAAAGAAGGAAACACGUCGAAUUCACUUGGUUCAAAAGUGACACCAGUUACUGUUAAUGAGAUAUUAGGAUUAAACACUCUUGGUAUUUCUCUUGCUCGCAUUGACUUUGCACCUAGGGGACUAAAUCCUCCACAUACUCAUCCAAGAGGUACUGAGAUUCUUAUAGUUUUGGAGGGUACUCUCUACGUUGGUUUUGUUACUUCUAACCCACAAAAUCGUCUCAUCACUAAAGUACUUAACAAAGGAGAUGUGUUUGUGUUUCCUAUUGGUCUCAUUCACUUCCAGUUGAAUGUGGGAUAUGGAAAUGCAGUUGCCAUUGGUGGACUUAGCAGUCAGAAUCCAGGAGUUAUCACAAUUGCUAAUGCUGUAUUUGGUUCUAAUCCAGAAAUUUCAUCAGAAGUUCUUACAAAGGCUUUUCAAGUUGACAAUAAGAUAGUUGACAAUCUUCAGAAACAGUUUUGGUUUGACAACAACUAGAGUUGCAACUUGUGAUAUGUGCUUAGUUUUGUUUUUUAUUUUAUCUUUUGACAUUGUGAUAUUUAUUAUAAGACACUAAGAAAAUAAAAUGUUAGGUAAGAUGUAACUUAUAUUUAUAUUAAAUCAUUUGAAUAAAAAAAUUGUUUUCCA